AUGACUGAUCUAGCUAAAUUGACUCGAAAAAGGGGAAAUAUUAAAGGGCAGCUUACACGGUUAGAAACUUUUAUUCAGAAUUAUGACUCCUCUAAGCAUCAUGAGAUUUCGAUACGUCUUAAAAGAGCGGAGGCGUGGUGGGAUGAAUUUGAAAGCAUCCAGGACGAAAUCGAGGACCUGGAUAAUUCGGAUGAGCAAGUGGCUGAACGCGAUGAUUUUGGUACAAAGUAUUUUGACAUUCUUGGUCGCCUAAAUUUGCUUGCGCACGGUGGGAGUACACAGGACUCAACUGCUCCAAGAACGGAAGUACGUCUUCCACCAAUGGAAGUACCUAACUUUUAUGGUUCAUACAAGCAGUGGUUGGAAUUUCACGAUUCUUUUAAGUCCUUAGGUACGGCGGCUGAUGUGAUCCAUUCUUUGGAGGUGUCUUCAGAAAAUUAUCAGGUUGCAUGGGAUCUUUUAAAGGAAAGGUUUGAAAAUAAAAAGUUAAUCGCUCUUAGUCAUAUUGACUCUAUUUGCAAUGUACCGGAUCUUACCAAGGAGUCUCAUUCCGGGUUAAGGAAAAUGUUAGAUGAGCUGCGUAAGGAUUUAAGGGCACUCAAAACUUUGGGUUUAGGCGUAGAACACUGGGAUCCAAUACUAAUUUACUUGCUUUAA